AUGUCGCACAUGGCCAACCCGCUGGCCACGCCAGAGCAAUUAUUCCAGCGGCGCUCCUUUGGCGCACUGCCCACCGAACUCCAAGACGUCAUUUUCUUUGCAACACAAUGCCUCACCCAAGCCGCCGGCAUCCUCCUCGAGCUCCCCCAAUCCGUCACGGCCCAAGCCAAUGUCCUCUUAGCACGCUUCUGGCUCGUCGAGCCGAUGCUGGCGCAUGAGUUCAGCGACGUCUCAGCAGCCGUGGUCUACCUAACAGCGAAAUGCUCCGCCCACCCGCGCCCGCCGCGCGACGUCUGCAACGUCUACGCCUACCUUCUCUCCCCAAGCAGCACGCUCUUCCGCCCACGGACGACCUCCUCCCCAGUACCACCAGCACCACCCGCCCCCAGCUCCGAAAGGACACACUACGUCUCCGAAGCAGCCUACCACGCCUUCCACACGCGCCUGCUAGCCCUCGAGGCGCGCGUGCUCUACACGCUCUCCUUCAACACGCACGUCGCGCUGCCCCACCCGCUGGCCAUCACCUACCUGCAGGCGCUGGACUUUUUGCACGUCGUCACGGCCACCAACAGGGACAGGGACAGGGACGCGCUCGGGCGGCGCACGGUGCAGUACCUCAACACGGCGCUGCUGUCCCCGCAGAUGCUGUACCUGACCAGCCCGCCGCACGCGCUGGCCGUCGCGGCCAUCUACAGCGCGGCGCGCGACCUGGGCGCCAAGAUGCCCGAGUGCGAGUGGUGGGAGGUGUUUGAUGUCGACAGGGAGGAACUGGGCUUUCUGGUAGUUGGGAUGCGGAGUGUGGAAGGGUGGGCGAGGAAGAUGAGGGAGGAGGGGGAGAUGAUCACGCGGAGGGAUGUGGAAGGGGAGUUGGCUAGGAGGGGGAUUAGUACUACUACUAGUAGUAGUGAUGUGAGGGUCGGGAAUGGAGGAGAAGGCGCCGAGUAUGAUGCCGCGGAGGAGGACGCGGCUAGGAGGAUGGACGAGAAAAUGGCCGAGAUGGAGGCGGCUUCCUAG